AUUGAUUCUAUGAUCUGUGCUUUGAAGUAAAUAUGGCGUUAUAGAAAAAUCAGAUGUCUACAAAAAUAAAACUGUAUAGUUUAUAGUUAAUUUGGACCAAUAUUUUAUUUUCGGUAAAGAACUAUAACUGGAGAAGUGUAUCAGAAUUACUUUUGUGAUUAUUAAUUCUGUUUUCGGGCGUAAUCAGUGGAAUAUUUUACGUGAUGAUUUGUCCUAUAAUCAGAUUGUUGAUUUCCAACGAACAGGAAAAUUAUUGAAGCAACUUCAUGGAAUAAAGUGUUCCUAUUAUCGAAACCCAUAAUAUUGGUGGGAUUUCGGUGUAAAUUAGCAGUAACCUGGAGAAUCUAUUAAUCUAUUUGGGAGUGAAGACGUCAAAUUACCUUCACUAUGGCCUUCAAUGAGCAGGUUGAUCCAGAACUAAUCUUCACAAAACAAGAAAGGAUUGGUAAAGGCUCAUUUGGCGAAGUAUUCAAAGGUAUCGACAAUAGAACAACACAAGUUGUUGCUAUUAAAAUUAUCGAUCUGGAAGAGGCCGAAGAUGAGAUUGAGGAUAUACAACAAGAAAUUAUGGUUUUAUCUCAGUGUGAUUCCCCCUAUGUUACUAAAUAUUAUGGAUCACACUUAAAGGGAACCAAGCUAUGGAUUAUAAUGGAAUAUCUCGGCGGUGGAUCGGCACUUGACUUGAUGAAGGCAGGUAACUUCGAAGAAAUGCAUAUCGCUAUUAUUCUUCGAGAAGUGCUGAAAGGACUAGAUUAUCUUCACAGUGAGCGUAAACUUCAUAGGGACAUAAAAGCGGCGAAUGUUCUGCUGAGCGAAAUGGGUGACGUCAAAUUGGCAGAUUUUGGAGUUGCAGGUCAGUUAACCAAUACAACAAGUAAAAGGAACACUUUUGUGGGGACACCCUUUUGGAUGGCUCCAGAGGUUAUAAAACAAUCUGCAUAUGACUCCAAAGCGGAUAUUUGGAGUUUGGGCAUUACGGCCAUUGAAUUGGCGAAAGGAGAACCUCCAAACUCAGAAAUGCAUCCAAUGCGUGUCUUAUUCCUCAUUCCGAAAAAUAACCCACCUCAAUUAACAGGCAGUUAUUCAAAAAUGUUCAAAGAUUUUGUUGAAGCAUGUCUAAACAAAGAUCCUGAGAAUAGGCCUACAGCUAAGGAAUUGCUAAAAUACCCGUUCAUUAGGAAAGCAAAGAAAAAUUCGUACCUGAUUGAUCUUAUAGAUAGAUAUAAAAAAUGGAAGUGUACCAGGAAUGAAGAAAGCGAACCAGACUCAGAGAGUUCAGAUUCUGAGGAGCCUAAACAAGAUCAUGAUCUCGAUGAUCCUUGGAUUAUGACUGUGAAAGGAAAUAUGUCUGUGAAAGGAAACAUGGCUAUAAAGGUUUCAGUCAAUGAUAACAGCAUAAGUAGCCUUUACUCUAAACAACUGCAACAACAUAAUAACCAAUCUCAGAAUGGAAGUUCUGACGGAAUGUAUGUAUCAAAAUCUCCUCCCAGAGACUCCAAUCUUAAUCACCACAGAACAGAUCGGCCUGCUCCAUCUCGACCAAAAUCUCUUGUAUCUUCGCCGGAAAGAGAUAUGGAAUAUAAAAGAGAAAGAAAGGAGACUGACUCAGAGAAGAAGAUUUCCAGGGAAAUACCACCAAAUUCUUCAGAUCCUAGAGAAAGAGGAGAUGCUGAUAAAGAAAAGAAACUAAACAAGAAGAGUGGGACACGUGAGAGGACAAACAGUGUUAAAAUGGGUUAUAGGUCGAUAUGGUUAUCAAAUAUCAUUUAUCCUAUUAUAUCAGAUUUACAAAAGAAACCUCACCACAAUGGCAGAGGGAUAGAUGCCCCUCACAAGUCUAACGACGUAUUAGAUGAGCUGAAAAACGCAUUCGAAAUCGCAGAGCAAACAAGUCCUGGGAUCAGCGAAAUUUUCGUCAGUGAAAUGGUGCAAAAAUUAGUGCCGUCUUCCACAGAAUCACGGCUUAAAAAUCUUAUGGAUAAAUUAUUGAGAGAUUCCUAGGAGGAUCUGGAUGGAACAGAGAUAAGAUUUGUUAACAAGAUUACAGUGAUUUUAUUAUAUUGAUUUGUUGAAAUCCUAAUCAGUUACUAAUGUUUAUACCUAUAUGACAAUAUUUCAAUCCUAUUGGGCUUAGGAAGACAUUGUAGACCUUGCAUUUUCAUUUGUACUACUAGUAGUUAAACUCUUCUCCGUGGUACAGGGUUUAAAACUUAUCCUUUGAUUUACCAAAAUAAAUUGUAAGGAGCCUGUAAAACUGAUAUUGAUUUGAUUAUAUGAAAAUAGUUGGAAUGAAAUCUAUGUAUGAGUUAUUCAUCAGUAGGACAUGAUGAAUUUCGAUAUCAUUUAGUCCCCACAAAAUAUCGGUUCAGAUCCAUUAAGUUAUAUUAUUGUAUAUAGUACUGAAAAUCUACAGAUAAUUCAAAGCCAAGAUCAGUAUUCCGAAGAAUUAUCCUGUACCAUUUGGCCAUUUUGAAAUCACUAUGAUAGAAAUAGGAAUUGCCAAUAACAUCCUUCAAUUGUCUUGUAUAUAUGUAAAUCUAGAUCGACUUGUAUGAAAAUCUUAAUGUAGUUCUCUUGCAAUGUAUUUUUUUAGAUGUGUAUAUACUAUAUAUUAAAAUCCAACCGAUUUUACUUU